AUGGCCAUUGGGGGCACGGCAAACUCGGACCUCUUCAAUGCCCAGACCAGCGCUGCCCUGCUGGAUUUGCUUGUGGAAAACGGUGUCUACAACGGGAAGCAAGUGCCGGCCAUAGUCAGGUGCAUCCACCAGUGGCUCACGUCCAAUGUGUCUGCUGAGCACAGGCUGGACAAGACUCUUGUCCUGCUGACCGAGGCACACCCUGUGGAUGUUGCAGUGACCCUGCUGCGCUCUGCCCCAGCCUGUGACAGAGCUGCUCGCACCAUGUGGAGGACGCUCAUCUCCUCCAGAGGGACUAAGGAGCCGGUGCUGCAGAUCCUCUUCCGUGCGCUGAAAUUCUGGCCAGCGCACAGGACACGCACCUCUGAUGGGGAUGAGAGCGAUGUCUUUGCCCUGGCUGCAACUGUGGCACUCUGGGAGAUCCUCCAGCUGCCCUGGUGCCCAAGGGGCGUGAAGAAAAAUUUCCCCCGCCUCCUUCUGACUCUGCUCUUCCAAGUUUUCAUCAGCACAGAGGAGAUGUCAGAGGAGGUCGAGACCUUCUGGGGGCGAUGCCGGGAGCAGCGCAGCCUUCCCCCCAACCCCAACAGGUUUGCAGUGCAGACCGUGAAAGCCCUGCUGCGCCAGCUGCUGGAUGAGGACGUGGUGAUGGUGAUCCAUCGCAAGUGUGGCUGGGACAUGCUCCUCAAGGCUGACAGCCACCACUAUGCAGUGGGUCUGCUGGCCAGGGAGCUGUGCCGUGUCUCCCACUCCUUCUGCCGCAGCGUCGCCGCCAACCUGCUCCCGCGGCUCAGCAGGGAAGAGCCCCUGUGGGAACUGCCUGCCCUGGCGUUCCUGGUGGAGGUCCUGCACUGCCUGAACCCCAGACAAUGUGGGCUCAGCGUCCUGCAGAUUAUUUCAAGGCGCCUGCGGAGUGAGUGCCCCGAGAGGCGUCGCCUGGCGCUCCGAGGCCUGGUGGUGAUCAGCAAGGCUCCCGCAAUGGCUAAGAGCAUCUGGAGCCUGAAUGAAAGCCUCCUGGAGCUACUGCAGGAUGCAGACAGAGAUGUGGUUCAGAUGACCCUCUCUGCGUUCAUCAAUGUGCUACACUUGAAGACCAUCCAAAUAUCCAGCCCCACUGCCCUGAAGUUGCUUGAGGCGCUGCGGCUACUCUUUGAAAAUGUAAGGCUCUGUGUCCCUCAUCGUAGGCACUGA